UGCGGCGAGCAGGGACUAGUUCAAUGACUUGGCGUAGAACGACAAGGAUGGUACGCCAAAAGCUUGGCGUCGCUCCAACUAUACUUACUGGAAAGAAAACCCUCUCGCUGCAACGCAACGCUUUACCGUGAAUAGAGUCGAUCAGCUUUAACUGUUUUUGCGACCAAUAUCGUGUCGUUUUAUGACCGAUAUCGACUUUGGACCAUCGAUUUUUACCUUUCUUUUGAUUCAUUCCGUUACUAUGAAACGAAUUAUGAAGUGAAAAUUGAAAAUUUCAUUGUACCCAGUUGAUUUUCGAGCGAUUUUUAAGAAUGACGUGGCCGCUGAGCUGUGAUUGACUGAAUCAUCUUUUUGGAUUUUGACUCAUUAUUUACCGAUUUUUUUAUUAUUAUUAUUUUUUGCAAUCAUGAUUCCUGGACAUAAGAUGCCGUGGACGUAAAACUGUUCCAUCAUGUGGUCGAAAUCUGUUCCAUAACAUUAUUGGAAUAUUGUGUUGGCGUUAAAUCGCGGUCUCUAUUUUCCCUUAAUUUAGUGUGCAGUAGAUGGAAUAAGUGUUCGAUUGGUUAUAUGCAAUUAAUUCGUGUGUGUUGUGCGUGUGCCGCCAAGAGAGAGGUGAAGGCUUUUUUUGGCGAUGAGUAGUGUGAAGGCACUACCCAUUGGACACGUUACCAGUCCCAUGUAUGUGGUCAUGGAUAAUUCUCAUGGACUAAAAAAGAAUGUCUAUUGGCCACCGCAUGACACAAACGCCCCUUACAAGAGGCAGCCCCAUCAACAUUUGUCACAUGGUGGUGGUCAUCACAGUCCACCACUAACGGGCACAAGGGGUUAUCCAUAUCCACAAGAUCCAGGUUCUCGGUGCUCAUCAUCUACCUCUUACGUCACAUCCGCGGCAGCUGUUGUGGUGGCAUCCUCCCCCCACCUGGUGCAUCCAGGUGGGGGUGGGGCCAUUUAUGCAUCUGCCAAUCACUUAUACAGGGAUACCCAUUUCCAGGUGGAUUCUAGGCAGUCUAAUGACAGUCAUGCAAUUGAAAGGUAUAAUGAUCAACAUGUUAGGAGAAGACUAAAUCUGAGGCCAACACCCGCUCUUGAUUAUAAUUUAGAGAGGGAAAGGUAUCUGGAUGCCAUGCGAUAUCAAUAUGAAAGAGAGGUUGCACUUGGUGUUCCCUAUUCUAAUUCUGCCAUGACUGCCAGAACUCUUAAGCCACCUGUUGUUAGUGUACAUACGCCAUCUGAAAUUGAUGCAGCACAGCCAAUCAAAAGACCUCGACUUGCAGUUGAACCUAAAGCUCCCGUCCACCAACCUCUUUUAAUAGAUACAAGAAAUGUUGUGAUAAAAAAAGAGCCUGCCUAUACACCUCAAGUUGAAGCUAUUUCUCCAACGCUACCAUCUGAAGAAGGUCGUUGUGAAUCUCCUCCCUCACGUGUAACUAAUAAAGAUAUAAUCCUUGGUAAAAUCAAAGUACUAGAUAAAGAAAUUAAUCAGGUUGAAAACCAAAUCAACAAACUUCAAAAGAAAGCUACUGAACUAGAAGCUGAAGCAAACAAACCAUCUGAAUCGAAGGAAGCAGUAAAAGAUGUUAGUCCUGUUGAAACUAAACAAAUGAGUGUAGCACAAAUUAUAUACUCAGAAAAUAGGAGUAAAGCACAAGAAUCCCACGCAAUUUUAGAAAAAUUAGGUCCCAAAAUUGAAAUUCCUAUGUACAAUCAACCCUCUGAUACAGCAGUGUAUUAUUCAAAUAAACAAAGGUAUCAAAUGUUAAAAAGUAGACUUUCAAAAUGUUUGAAAAGGCGCCAUAGAGAAAGGGAGUUAAGAGAAAAACACCUGACUGAGUCCUAUAGUAAAUUGAUGCAGGAUUGGACUAAAAAAAUGGAAAAGAAAGAAAGCAACGCUGCAAAAAAAGCAAAAGAUUCCAAACUGAGAGAAUUUUUCGAAAAGCAAUUUCCAGAACUAAAAAAACAGAGAGAAGACAAAGAGAGAAUAUCUAGAGUUAGUACUAGAAUUAGAAGUGAAUCGGAAUGGGAAGAAAUAAUAGAUGGUCUACAAGAACAAGAGAUGGAAGAAAAGAAAAUGAGAAGCUAUGCUGUGAUACCCCCAAUUAUAUUAGAUAGCCGGCAAAGGAGGUUAUGGUAUGUAAAUAACAAUGGAUUGGUAGAAGAUCUUAGUCAAGAAUACAAAGAGAAACAGUUGCUAAAUAUUUGGACAGACCAAGAGAAAGAAAUCUUCAGAGAAAAAUAUCUUCAACAUCCUAAAAACUUUGCCUUCAUUGCCUCCUGUUUAGAUAGAAAGACUGUUGCUGAUUGCGUCCAGUAUUACUAUCUCUCUAAGAAAAGUGAGAAUUAUAAACAACUGCUGAAGAGGCACAGUGUUCGAAAAAGAACUAGAGCUUUAGUGAAACCUCCUCAAAAUCAACAAGUUUCUCAGAGCACUGGUGUGACAACUAGGCAACAAGAAGAUGCUAAGGCAUCUCUAGUAUCAAGCUGCAGUACCACACAAUCAACCAUAGACCCUUCCUAUACUCGGAUAUCUGAGUGCAAGACAGCCACGGUUUCAAGUCCCGCUAUCAUUUCAUGUUCUGUCUCUAUCACGAACUGCACAGUUGUUACUACUGUUGGUGGGGAAACGUGUACAACUACUUCAACCUUUGAAUCCAAAACUAACAACUCUAGUACUAGCAAAUAUGAUCUUGGGAAAAUGCCUCUUCCAAAUAAUAUUAGGAAAAAGAAGGAAAUUCAAAAGCUCGAAAAUAAAGAAGACCAUUGUGAUAGUGAUACUAGUGAUCAUCCUAAUGAAAAUAAUCCUUCUCAACCGUGUGCUGUUUGUAAACAAGAACUGGAUAAUUUCCUCCAAUCAAGGCCUUUGACGAGAUCCAACUGUAGUUUAUUUGGUCUGAAGGAGAGUGAUUUAGUUGGGGACAUGCGAGUCUGUGCCUCUUGUCGUUUCAAGUCCGUAAGGAAAAGGUGUCCUAUACCUACAUGUAAGACUCCUAAAAGGAAAGUCAAAAGAUUGCGUCCCUUGCCUGUUAAACUAGCUGAGCUAUCAAAAGAAGCAAAAGAUGUAAUAAUUGCUGAGAUUCAAAUUCCUCCUGAUGUCAACAAGUGUUGUUCUGCAUGUUUCAAUAGAAUUGUGAGAAAGUUGGAAAAUAAUCCAUCUGCAGAAAAUGAAUCAAAUGAAAAUUCCCGUUGGAGUGAUGAGGAAAUGGACCUGAUUAAAGAAGGUCUUAAGCAACAUGGAAUGGAUUGGGAAGCAGUUUCUAAUCUUGUAAACACAAAAACUAAACAGCAAUGUAGAAAUUUCUAUUUCAAUUACAGACGAAAGUAUGGACUGGAAGAUAUUGUUCAAGAGUAUAAAAAGCUAAAUGGAGGUAAAGAUGGGACACUGCAAGAUGGUAAACGUCCUCCUAUUGUCACUGAUGAAGAAGAAAGUGGAGAAACUACUUCAAGCUGUGAUGAAAACGAUCAUUUUGUUGACAGUGAUACAGCCAGUGCUCCUAGUCCUGUUGAGAAAGUUAUCAUUGAGGAUAAGAGUAACAAUCGUAGCAAUGAGAGACUUAUGGAAUGCAAUCAGACCAGCCUGCUUAGUUCUGAAGAACCUAGAAAUCGUGGUGUAUCACACAUUGAUUCUAGUCCGAAAUGUCCUCCAGACUAUGACAGUAGUGCAACCGUUAGUGCCGAUGAGGGUCAGAACCAAGGAGAUGGCGAUGGACGAGACUCUUCACCACGUGGCAGCCAUCCUAGUUCCAAAACGCAGAUGGGCAAUGAGUCUUUGAGAAAACCAUUCCAGUGUCCAUUACCGAUUCCUAAAGAAGUGGAUAACAGAUGUGAAGCUUCAGUUCCGAUUGUAAAAACUUUACUUCAAGAUCCAAAAAUAGGAGCUACUCCACCUGAAAAUAUUGACCAAUUGUUAAAAGCUUGCAAGCCCAAUAAAGAUGAACCGACUUCUGUAAAAGACCUAAUAUACCAAGCAAUUGAAAUGAGUCUUAAUCAAUGGCCUAACAAAUCAGGCAGGAAUAGUAGUCCAAUACCAUCAACUGUUGGUGUGUCAAAAGAGGUGUCUGAAAUAACUAUUCUUGAUCCAAAGAAAGAUGGAGAGAAUUCUGGUUCUUUGAUUCCCCCAACUGCCCAUUGUGGUUCUCGCCACCCAUCUCGCCCCAGUUCUCAUCACAUGGAAGUACCCCCAGAAUGUGAAGUGCAAGAUCUAAGCAAGAAAGUAAAAUCGAGAGAUGUCAGUCCUGUAAAGGACUUCACAAAAAGGGAACGUAUUGUAACACCUGUUCGACCACCAUCUGGUUCUGGUGGAUCGUCUCACAUAAACUAUAUGGGUGCCCCACCCCCUGCACAUUGUAAUCAGUUUCGAACUUCACAACCACCACCUCCUGCUCUUUCACCUCAUUAUGUUGCAGAACCUCAUCAUGAAGCUUAUUUUUCCCGAACUGGCGAUUCGAGGAGUAAGCAGUAUGCUUCAUCUGAACGACCUUUAUCUCAGCCUCCUCAUUUAGUGGCACAAACUUCUUCUCUUUCAACUGUUUCUCCAAUUCCAACGCAUGCAAAACCUGUACCUAUUAAAGCAACAGUUCCUCCACCACCCCCUCUUGUUGCAUCAAAACCAUCACAAUUGUCCCCUAAAACACCUUAUAAAGAAAGAUUGGUUGCCCUACCACCAACUGGUUCUAUAACCCAAGGAACUCCAGUUAACCAACAGUCUAUGCCGGUUCCUCCUACCAAUCUUUCAUCUUCAAGGUAUGAAGGUUAUUUGAGACAGUUGCCACCAACUCAGACUAAGGAUGGUGGCUCUAUUACUCUUGGUACACCUGUGCCACAUGACUCUGUAAAACGUGUUCCUACUAGUAGAUCAGAAUCUUUUGGCCCUAAUAUGCCUGAUAAUAAUUUAGUGAGACAAGCAGUCCCUGCAAUGUAUGAUCCAACUGUUAUGGAAUAUUACAGACAAGUUGGACCAACAGGUCAGCAGUACUCAUUUCCACCAGGCUAUUCACCAUAUCCACCUAAUGUUCCUGCUCAGCGACCUUCCUUUGCUAAUGAAUCACAACUCAGCUCAAAACAGAUCAUAAUAGAUUAUAAUACUUCUAAACAAAUGCAAUUAAGACGUGGGGCUGGUGGACCUCCAGAAAAAGAAAUGAAAGUAUCUCCACGAGGAACAGAAUCAAAUCCCCCAUCAGUGCCUCCAGAUAGUCACUUACAUCCCAUGUAUCCUCCUGCUAACUAUCAAACAAAUGCUGGAUCGCAUUACAAUCAUGUACCAUCUUAUCCACAUGGGGAUUCACGAUAUUUACAUCAUCGAUCACCUAGUGCUCAAACAGAUCGAACUAGAAGCCCAUCAGGAGUUGAAUCUCCUCACAGCACAGGAUAUUCCCAACUUCCUGGAAAACGAAGCCCAAGUUUAGCUCUUUCAUCUGGACGACAAAAUGUAAUUCACAGAAGCAUAACUUACGGUACUGCUAAACCAUCGGUAAUACAAGCACCCCAGUCUGCUUCACCUCGUACUUUUGAAAUGCGAAGUGAAACUGUUAGUCCAGCUAGUGCAAGGAAAUCCACACCAUCUCCUCGUCAUCCUCAGCCGUUAGUGUAUUCAGCUGUUCCAUCUGGGCAUGAUGCCUUUAACACAUUAGUGAAUGCUGCAGUUGCUCAACCCAGCUUAGCUGUUCCAAAAGACGGUAAAGGUUCUCCUACAACUAGUGCUCAUAAUCGACAGGAUGUGAAAUCCCCCAGGGAUAGACCUCCUGUGGUUGAAGGGCUGGAAAAAACUCUUAUUGAUAUGCAUCAACGACCACGAUCGUAUACAGAAUCUGGCCAUAAUUUGGUAGCUCAUGAAAGAGGAAGGACUAGUGAACAAAGUUCUGUAGAGCAGCAAUCACAAUCCAUGAGUAAUAGCCAUCGCUAUUCAGGUUCUAUCCACAAUUCUUACGAUAUGAGAGAUCCCAGAAAUCUUGAUAAAGCUAUGCUUGUUACUGAACAGUUUAGGCUAGGAAAUAUGAGAGAACCCUUUUCUAGGGAACAAUUUGAAAGGCAGAUGCGUCAACCUAAUAUGCCUGCUUCUCGUGAUCGCAUUAGUUCUAAAAAAGAUGAUGAGCGCAACAGAUCUGCUGUUAUUGAAAAUCAAAAUUAUUCCAAUUCUCAACAGUCAGAUUUAGAUAAUGAAGCUUCCAAAAUAUUCUCUCAGUCUUUCCAAAAAGACCCUCCUAGUUCAUCACAUGGAGUAUUGACAGCAUCAAGCUUGAUUGAUGCGAUAAUUACUAGACAAAUAAAUUCUAAUGAACCACCGAUAGUGACUAAAUACUCUUCUAUAGAUUUGUUCAAUCAAUACAAUUCUUAUGAUGACAAACCUAAUGUAAAAUCUGGGAAUAAUAAGAGAGCAGAAGUGGUCACUAUUGAUGAUGAACCUGAAAAUGAAAAACUUUCAUCCCAGUAUAUUGAUAAACAUAAUUCGCGUGGUCGUUCACCUCCUGUAUCAACAAGCAAUGCCAUGGGUCCCAUUUAUUCUGGAGAAAAAGCAUUCACAUUAAAUGAUCACAUAGCCGCAAUUAUAUCCAAGGAUUAUAAUAAUCCAUCUGAUCUAACCCAAUCUCAUCGUGGUGGUUCCCAAUCAUCGUGUAAUUCUUCUCGAGCUUCUCCAUACACUGGAGGAGGAUCCUCUAACUCACAUGGCUCAGCAGGUGGUAAACCAUUAGAAGGUAUUGCAUCAUCUUUACCAUCUGAAGGAAUUCUCUUAAACUCAAAUGUUCCUCAUGGAAGUCCUGAUCACAGUCCUCAAAAUUGUCCCGGUAAUGGCUGUUCUUUUCACACACACAGCUGGAAACUAAGAAGGGCUUUGCAACAGGAUAGAGAAAGGGAUCAUAGAUCUCCUGGUUUGAAUGAAAAUGCUAUCAAAAGACCUUCAUCAAAUCAAAGUUCAGAUUCUUCUGCUCCACAGGAAGAAAGACAAAUUAUUAGAGUUGCUCAAACUUCAUCUCCUUCAGUGCAAUCAACACGAAUAUCCCCAACUGGGCCCUAUGGUGUGGAACCUAUAUCUCCACCUAGUCAAACACCUGAAAGUACAGAUCCACCUAGUAGAACACCAUCUAAUUCUUCAGUUGGUAGUUUGAUUCACAAUCAACCUCCAGCAUGGGCCAAUAACCCUAGUAUCACUGGACUUCUUACUACUCGCCUGCUGUAUCCACAAGAAUAUCCGGAAGGCAUCCCACCUUCAUCAAUUCCACACUAUGCAACACCUUCAUCUUCUACUGGUGCUAUGGGACCAGGGCGACCACCCCAUCAGCAGCAAAUGGGGUUAUCUCCGUUAGACUAUGUUAAAAAUCGAAUAGUUGAAGUAAUGAGGACUGCCACUGAUGUUGAACCUGAAAGUUCAGAAUCUCGCCGCCCUCAUUCUGCCAUGAGUCAUGCUGAGGAGAGAGAGCAACUCCACAUUUAUCGUUUUCAACCAGGUGCUGACAGAGAGGGUAGAGAGCUUUCUAACGAAAGACCGUGCAGUACAGGUAAUGGGCCACCCCUCCUACAAGGACAACGAUACAGUCCUGCUGUGUCCCGGUAUAGCCCUGUACCUCCAAGACCGUCAAGUGCUGUUGAACGUGUACCUAGCCGUAAUUCAACUCCUAGUGAGUUAUCACGGCAACACAAAAGAGGUUCAGAAGGCCAUCUUGUGUCUGGAGAUUGGCGUGAAGGCCAAGUUUCUUCAAGAGCAAACUCAAGGUCUGUGUCUCCUAGUGUUGAUCAUCCUGAUAGUGUACGUAAAAAAACUCGAUCUGAGGGUACAUUCAUACCCGAGAGUACAACAGAUCGUGCUCCUGUCCUAUUACCCCAAAAUUCAACCAACAUUCAUCGUUCUGGUUCCCUGUCAGAGGCCCCCCGCCUCAGUUCAAGCAAUCAAGGCGCUCAAGUCCUAGAGUGCCAAAGUGCUUCCAAAAGCAUUGUUUCUCCACGGACAGAAUCCUACCAUCAAUCUCAAACAGAAAGUGACUGUUAUAAAUACCGUGUUAGUGAAAGCCGACCAGAAAAUCAGUGGAGUAUGAUGAAUAAUCACAAUAGAACUGCUGACAGUGAAUCACUAGCACGAUUAAAUGAAUCUAUGAGUAUUGGUGCUGCUUCAUCUACAACAGAACCUUAUUCACCAUCAAGCAGGGGUGAUGCGCAACCUAAAUCGUUAGAUCGUAGUGAUUCAGGGACUAGGCAAAGUCCUGUGACUAGUUCAGGUAGUGCAUCUCAAGAGCCUAGUCGAAGCAGCCCCAGUGCAUCCUCUCAGGGUCAGAGAAGCGCUACAUCGACACCGCUGGGUGUGAGUGCUUCGCCGAGCUCAGGUUUAUACUCUCCAUUUGGGACUACGAAUGGUGGUGUAAGCAGCAGUACUAAUGUAAUAUAUUCCUCUGCAUCUUCAUUACCUCCACCUGCAAGUCCUCAUGUAGCUUACUCUUCUUUCUCAGGAAUGGGCACAACUUAUGCCUAUCCUUAUUCUGCGUUAUCGAUGAGGACUCUUGCUGCCUCUACCACUCAUAGUUCUACUUCUAUAACUAAUAGUACAUCUUCUGUUUCUAAUUCUCACGUUCCCCCUUUAACGGCAAAUAGUGCAUCUAGAAACUCUCCAUCUUCAUCGAUACGAAACAACCAACCUCCCCCAUUAUUGUCUUCUCAAUAUGAACCAUUGUCAGAUGAGGAUUGAAGUGUGCAAUUUUUUUUUUCUAAAAAGAAAAACAAUUUGUUAUUUGCUGCUGGAGCUCUUGUAUACUUAGCCCUUUGCAUUCCAGAAUCUAUAUCUAAUGCUAUUCAUGUGGUUUGUGACUCUGGCUGCAGCAGCUGUCUACUUUUGAAAACUAUUUCAAGUCUUGCAUGCUAAAGACUAUGAGUGCAAGCGGUGGUUAUUGCUCAUUUCAACCACUAGUAAUUUUCUUUUCUGUGAUCACUUUAGUGGCAGAUAUCUUGUUCUAAAUUUAUGGAUAUAUCAGCAUUUCUUUCUGAACACUGCCACUCCCCCGAUUUCCCAGGGGCGGAUUUUUAAAAUUGCAGCCAGCAAAAGUAAAAAAAAAAGACAUUUACUAGAAGAAAAAUGUAUGUGAUUUAAAAUAUUUAAAGACACUUAUCUACUAUGCAAAAUGAAAAUAUGCAAAUUUUUUAUUUAACUUUGUGAAGAUAUUACCUAUAUUUCUAGUCUUGAGGUAUUUUAUAUAUAUAACUUUUUCUGUUCUGUUGUACAGUUUAUUUCCUCUCUGUUAAAUCAAUCCGCCCCUGCUGUUAAGCUCAAUUGGAACUCUGGCAUUCAACUCAAACUCCUUUUUAACUCAAUAGUCGCCGAAGUUCAGUGCCUUGAUCCGCUGCAGGGUACUUGGUUUCAUCCUAACAGACAAUUGUACUAUUUAUAGUUUGCUUCAGAAAAGGCUUAAGAAUGUUUUUAAUAAUACAUUGUUUUUCAGUCAGCGUGAAUGUCCAUUAAAUGAAACAAAAAAUAGGAAAUAUAUGUAGCAUAUUCAUGCUGACAUGUCCAAAAAGAAAAAAAACAAAAUUUGAAUGAUAUAUAAUUUUUGCUCUGUAGAAUAAUUUUUUUUCCUCCUUGAUUCUACAAGGUGUGGCACACCAGUAUUUAACUACAGGACAAUUCUACUAGUUAUGAAUGUCAUAUUAUAUUAUCAGGUUUAGCAUAUACAUCACUUAAUGAAAUUUGAGCUGUUCUAAAAAUUUUUGUGGAAAUAUGUCUUGGUGUCAUUUAUAUUUUUUUUUUGACACCAAGGCUUAUUUUAAUAUAUAUUUAGGACUACUCUAUUUUUUGAAAUUGAGUUAUGCUUAAGUCUGUAAAUAUGGAAUUCUUAAACAGUGGAAUUGCCCUAUAAUAUUUUUUUUAAUAAAAAAGUAGUAUUUUAAUAAAAGUUCCCUCUAUUGAAGUCAAUCGAUUUUACUACAUUAUCCCGGUGCUUAAUUUUUUAUAAACUUCGCCUGUAAAUCUAAUAGUAGCGAGAGUAAAUAGAAUGUAGUUCGUUAAAGUGUCUCAUAUCAUUUUGUACAUAACUGAGUUGUAAAUAUGUUUGUUUCCUCUCCUUAAUCAUUUGAAUUAGUGCAAUAUGAUGUAGCUUACUUUUGUUAAUUGAAAAUUAUUUAAAAAAAAAAUCUUGAUUUUUAAAACAUUCCAUUUUUUAUCGACACUUUCAGAAGGUUGUGUGCAUAUUUUUCUUAUUUUUGUCCGGUGACAGAACAUGUAAUUAAUUGUAUGCAUGUUGUUUUAAAAUUGAUGUAUCAUUGAGCUUUUAAAAUCUAGUUUAAUGUGUCUAAAAGGUGAUAGUGAAUUUUUGUAAUUAAUUUUUUUUCCAGUGCUGCUUAAACAUAAUUUUUUUCUAUAGUCGUUUAUACCUUACCUGUGCAGUGGCCUGCGGUCUAUUUAGAAUGCCCUUUGGCAAAUUCCUCGAUUAGAUGCCUCUGAAAAGAGAAAUUUAUCGCAAGGAGGCAAAAAAAAAAAAAUAAUGGAUAGAUUUAUAUUUAUAGUAAUUUUUAAUCCAUAUUAAAAUUCAUUUUUAUAUAAAUUAUUAAAAGUGAAUAUCAGUCUUUGGUAAAAGGUUAAUUAUUUAAAACAAAAAAUUUUUUUUUUGUAGUUUAAAGAAUAUUUAAGUCUUAAUUACCCUAAAACUUCUCUAUGAAAUUUACACUGUAUAUCAUUUUGAAAAUUAUACUUUAUUCUUAAUAAAAUAUUUGACUUGAAUCAUCUUACUAACCCUUAACAAUUAAAAACUAAAUAAAUUUUAAAUAUAACAAUUGAUAAAAAAUAUUAAAAUGGCUUGCCACCAUGUUACGCGAUGUUGGACGAAAUAAGUGAAAGUGUUAUGCCUCUUAUAUGGCAGCAUUGGUAUUGAAGAUUAAAAAUAUUUUAUUAAAUUAUAAAAUGUCCUUGCUGUUGAUUGGAUGCCUCCAUUAGCUGGACACCUGGGACUGUUGUCUCCUGCAAGCCACUGUACCAGUGCUGUAUGAAUUAUUAUUUACACAGGAUGAUGUUAUUGCAAAAAUGUAUGAAUUGUUAUUUACAUGUAUCACAAUUUCCCUAAAAAUAUUUUAUGUCUUGGUUUAUGUUCAAUUUUUUUCUUAAAAUUUAAACUAUUUUAAACAUACUUUUUUUUAUGAAUUAUGUUCUAAGUUAUAAAUCACCUUCAUAAAGACAAAGAUAAGAAUUUCUGCUUCUAAGAGUGAAUGUGAUAUAAAAAUUUGACCUUUUUAAGGUGACACUCACGGUUCCUGGUGUGCCACAGUUGAGAGAAAUUCUGUAAAUACUUUGAUAUGUAUAAAGUUAAAAUCUUUUUUAAUGAAUUUAGGGGAUGAAUUACUCAUGUUGUAAAAAUGUAUCGACAAAAAAGAGGCUCAUUAUAAAUAAUCAUCUGAUUCCAUCAUCUGGUUACUAGACGCUCAGAUCCAAUCUGUCAUUCUAAUUUUUUUUUAAAUAUUUGUUUUUCCCCCGUAUUAACAGGUCCACAUUUACAUUUAAUGUAGUUUAUCUGGUUUUGGGGUAAAUAAAAAUUAAAUUAUUACUUUUGUUUUCAAAAAAAAAAAAGGUGAAAAUAUAUUUUGUUUUUGUAUUAUAAGUUGUAAAUAGCACUGAAGGUUUCUGGAGCCGAGAAUAACUGCAUAUUCAUGUGGUAAAAACAGAAUAUUUCAUACACGCAUUAAAAAAUUAAUAAAUAAAAAAAGACAAAUUGUAUCAUAUCAGUGUUGAAUGUUUGUACCAAAAGCUGGCUGUAGUAUUCAGAAACCUGUUACUUUUGUUGGCAAAUUAAAAAAAAAAUCUUGUUGAAAUAUA